AUGCAUGCUUUCGCCUACCUGCUAGGCACACUGGCUGCGUUUCCGGCCCCAUCCUUGUGGGGAUCUAUCGAAUCGUCACUGCCCUUAUCUCGACCUGUCACCGGCGGCUUCACCCUUGCCAGUCGGGAACCAACGGAUGUCUUCGCUCGACGCUGCCAUUCGACAAUGCUGAUAUCUGGCCAAGCGCAGUCUCAGAUCCAUAGGCGCGAACCCCUCCAGUGGCCUAUCUGUGGUCGACCCAAAGAAACUUUCUCCCGCCGGUUGAUUGUGAGGAUCAUCUCUGCAGUGGUCCAGCUGGGCAUGCACCCCGGACUGGAGCCCCAUAACAUACGCCACGCUACUCCACAACGCCCGGCAGGUCUGGCGGCUUCUGCCUCCGCCGCCUCACCACGCCAGAUUGCGGCGUCUGAACACGGUCGGCCCGGCAGGCGCGAAGCGAAGGCGCACAGCACACACACACACACACACACACACACAUGUGCCUAUGGCCGGUCAAACGCCAAUCUGCUCACCAAGCUGGGCAUUGUGGCCUCCCUACCAAUCACAAACCGGCCGGAUCCCGCCCCUCCCUCACUAGCUUCAUCAAAAGCAACUGUCACGCACGACAAAGGAGAGCUUGCAAAUACUUACACUUUGGAUAACAACCGCCCACGGGACAAGAAUGAGUGCCACCAAGCCUUUCCGCCCCUUGCGAACCAACUCGGUCUUAGUACUGGACCAGUCCAGCACAAGGCGUCUAGCGAGCUUCUAGGGCCGGCCAUCCAGGCCGCAAAUCCAUCCUUUGUACCAGAACUGAGUGCGGGAUCUCCACAAUGUCCAACAGCGGACCUGCCUGACGAGGAAAUACUGGCGGUUAAGGCUGCCGCUGACGAGUCACGCAUCCUUGUCCGAGUUAUGGUACUUGCCACCCUAUUCGCUCCAGCCGAGGAAAUUUUGCCGCAAGUAAUUGCACCACUCACAGCCGUCAGCAGCACGUCGUGGAUUGUGGAGAGACCCUGA